UCUUCCCCCUUCGCUGCAGCUCGGCGGCGUCUCACUGGGGCUGCAGGAGCAGAAGGAGGAGGGAGGCCCGCAGCCAAUAGCAGCAGUGAGCUGGGGGGGAGGACAGUCUCGGAGCUGGGAGGAAGAAGCGAGAGUAGCAGCAGCAGCAGCAGCAGCGAUGGCGAGGCUGGUGGCGGUUUGCAGAGACGGCGAAGAAGAAUUCCCCUUCGAGAGGCGGCAGAUUCCUCUUUUCAUCGAUGACACCCUGACGAUGGUGAUGGAGUUUCCCGAUAAUGUGCUAAACCUCGACGGACAUCAGAGCAGCGGAGCGCAAUUAAAGCAGUUCAUACAGCGACACAGCAUGCUCAAACAGCAGGAUUUGAACAUUGCCAUGAUGGUGACAUCGCGUGAAGUCUUGAGCGCACUUUCUCAGCUUGUCCCAUGUGUCGGCUGCCGCCGCAGCGUGGAGCGCCUCUUUUCCCAGCUCGUCGAGUCGGGGAAUCCCGCCCUGGAGCCCCUGACGGUGGGGUCGAAGGGCGUCCUUUCCGUCACCCCCAGCUGUAUGAGGGAUGCCAAGAAGCUGUACACGCUCUUCUACGUGCACGGGUCCAAAUUAAACGAAAUGAUAGACGCGAUUCCGAAAAGCAAGAAGAACAAGCGAUGCCAGUUGCACUCCUUGGACACACACAAACCCAAACCCUUGGGGGGUUGCUGGAUGGAUGUGUGGGAGCUCAUGUCCCAAGAAUGCAGGGACGAAGUUGUCUUAAUCGACUCCAGCUGCCUCUUGGAAACAUUAGAAACAUACCUGCGGAAACACAGGUUUUGCACCGACUGCAAGAACAAAGUCUUGCGGGCCUACACCAUCCUCAUUGGCGAACUGGACUGCAACAAGGAGAAAGGCUACUGCGCCACGCUGUACGAGGGCCUGCGUUGCUGCCCCCACGAGCGCCACAUCCACGUCUGCUGCGAGACGGACUUCAUCGCGCACCUCCUCGGACGAGCCGAACCCGAGUUUGCAGGAGGGUAUGAGCGGAGAGAGAGGCAUGCCAAGACAAUAGACAUAGCUCAAGAGGAGGUACUUACCUGCCUGGGCAUCCACCUUUACGAACGGCUGCACCGCAUCUGGCAGAAGCUGCGGGCUGAGGAACAAACGUGGCAGAUGCUCUUCUACCUGGGCGUCGAUGCUUUGCGUAAAAGCUUUGAGAUGGCUGUGGAAAGGGUGCAAGGCAUUAGCCGGCUGGAGCAGCUUUGCGAGGAGUUCUCCGAAGAGGAGCGGGUGCGGGAGCUGAAGCAGGAGAAGAAGCGGCAGAAGCGAAAGAACAGGAGGAAAAAUAAGUGCGUGUGCGAGAUCCCUGCUCCUGUGCCAGCGACGGAAGAGAAGGAGAUGAGCGAAGAGAAGGAAAACUUCUUGGAAAGUGGCUGCAAAGCCUGCGGCAGCACCGAAGACAGGGCCGGCUGCGUCGACGUCAUCGUCACGAGCGAGAACACCUCCUGCACUUGUCCCACUGGGGGUACUUUACUGGGUUCGCCUAAAAUCAAGAAAGGUUUAUCUGCGCAUUGUAACGGCAGCGACUGUGGCUACUCCUCCAGCAUGGAGGGAAGCGAGACGGGCUCACGAGAGGGUUCGGACGUCGCUUGCACCGAAGGGAUUUGCAACCACGAUGAAAACGGCGACGACGCGUGCCUCCACCGCUGCGAGGACAAGGAGGAGGACGGCGACAGCUGUGUGGAGUGUUGGGCGAAUUCGGAAGACAGCAGCACGAAGGGCAAAAACAAGAAGAAGAAGAAGAAAAGCAAGAAGUGUGAGGCCGAGCAUAUCCACAAAUUGGCGAACUGCAUUGUAGAGGCGAGUCCACACGAGAGCUCGGGGAAGGCGCCGCACACAGAGUUCCACCGGGACAAGACCAAAGACCCGCACGCCGAGACGUGCUGCCACGCGGGAAAAGCCGGGCAGCUGGUGCCUUGGUUAGAGCACAGGAAAACGGCGGUGCUGUGCGUGACUGAAUCCCCGGAGGAGGCUGACUCCGUUGCCGACUCUGGAAAGGGUGGCAAGAGUUUGGUGGAACUCCUUGACGAAUCCGAAUGCACAUCUGACGAGGAGCUCUUCAUCUCCCAAGACGAGAUCCAGUCCUUCAUGGCGAACAACAAGUCUUUCUACAGCAAUAGAGAACAGUACCGUCAGCACCUGAAGGAGAAAUUUAACAAAUACUGCCGCCUGAAUGAUCACAAAAGGCCAGUGUGUAGCGGCUGGCUGACAACAGCCGGAGCGAACUAAACCCAAUAAAAUUAGAUCUGUCUUUCAUUGAAA